AUGUCGGCUAAAUAUAGUGUUAAUGAGCCCAGCGUCCUGGGCGCGGACUGGUACUGUAUGUACAGGACGGAGGAGCGCGUUGAGUUUGAGAAAAAGCACUUUGAAAUGGCGAUGAUGAACGUUGUUCGACAUCCUAACAUCAACUCUACGGUGAUUUUACGUGCAGAUAUGCUCAAGGAAUGGGAAUAUGACGCGGAGACCGGUGCGCAACUUUCGUUUAAGGAGGAGAAACAUACGGUCGCGGAUUCUGAGGCUCAAGUGGUCAAUGAAGAUGACCUACAGGUGCGUGGGAUCGAGACCAGUUUGGAUCUGCAACUUGCACAGAAAACGGCAAUGGUGCGGCGAAUAAUUCCUCGGAACCCUUACAAAGACGCCAUCAUAAACCAGACGUGUUUACUGCUCAACUCUCGGACUUUCACAGAUACUUCUUUGAUCACAUACACCCCUCAUCUGCAAGAAAAAGACCAGUGUCCAUUUUACAUUCCACACGUUAAAGCGGUGGGGAUUUUGCUUCAUGAGCAGCGCUUAUCUGUGCAUUACGUGCCAUUUACCCCACAGGACGCUCAGGAAUUUCAAGACGAGGGCGAACGUGUUGUCAGAACGGCGCGUCGUCUGCUGCAAACAGCCAACAAACAUUCAACCGGUGUGAAAGCUGGAUACGAAAAGAAAGUCACACACGACGUGGUUGUUGACAAAGUACUGUUCCAGGAUCGGUACAUUGCACUCAAAAAAAAAUAUUCAAAAUUUUUGGUCGACAAUUGGGCUGAGAGUACGGACCCGAAAAAACACGUUUUCGAAGACAUAGCCAUUGCUGCGUUUCUGAUAGAGCUGUGGAUCAAGCUUUAUGGGCCUUUAUUUGCCACCAAGAUGCAGUUCAGAGACCUUGGUUGUGGCAACGGUGUUCUAUGCUAUUUACUGCUCCAGGAGGGCAUUAGCGGCGUUGGAAUUGAUGCUCGUCAACGGAAGUCCUGGAAAAUCUACCCCAAAGAGGUUCAAAAGAAGCUGCAGGAGCAGGUCAUAAUACCGUCCAUCUUGCUGCGACCCCAUCCGGAAAUCAAGAAACGAGCACCAGAGCUUUAUCACAACGGCAGGUACUUCCCCAUAAAGAUACAAGAUAAAAUUGCACCUGCCACCGUCGUAUACUCAAGUGAGGAUCUGUUAAAGUCUUCUAGCGUCAAUGUAACCGAGUUUCCACGCGACACUUUCAUAAUAGGGAACCACUCUGACGAACUCACAUGUUGGAUUCCACUUCUAGGAUACCCCUUUGUCGUAAUACCUUGCUGCUCGCAUGGAUUUUCUGGCCAGAGGGCUCGCUAUGGUGUCAAAAAGAGCUCCAUGAAAAGUGGAAACAGCACUUACGCUGGAUUGGUGGACCGUGUAGAAGCUCUGGCCGCUCGUGUGGGAUGGGAUGUUGAAAGAGAAAUGCUAAGGAUUCCCAGCACGAGAAACGCCGCGAUAGUGGGCACGAAAAACUCGCAUCUCGACCAGUGGCCUACUCAAGAGGUUUAUGACACUAUUUUGGAGGGUGGUGGCGCGGACGGCUGGGUCGAAAACACAAUGGCUUUGGCUAAAAAGACACCAAGAGGUCAUUAA